CACACUCAAACACGCACACAUGCCCUCCUCCCCCAUCGCUGCAGUGUCUCAACUGCCUUGGAGCAAACCAGAGAGGAAAUAGAACAGACAAUAAUAAGAGAGACGAGAAAGAGGGGGAUAGAAAGAGAGAGAGUAUGAGUGGAAGAGCGAGUGUGUUAUAGGAGCAUGUUGGACUAAGAGUGGAUUGCACACUGCUUAUCUCUCCCAUGCGAGUGUUUGUCUGCAGUAUCCCUGGUGAACGGACCCUGGACGUUGAAACGGUAUAUUGGGCCAAAGUAUCAUCUCCCCGGCAGCCGUGUGGAGGAUACAAUAAAAUCAGAGAGAGGAUUUCUAACUCAGUUGGACUGAACUGUAUUGGGGUGGAGCUUUGCCCGUUCAUAGAACGGGGGCUUUCAUUUGCCUGAGACGAGGAAACAGAGCAGUUUAUAGCCCAGAGAGAAGGAGGCAGACAACGCGGGAAGGACUGACGUGGACGACUGCAGUCACAAAGAUAGGGAAUGGCGACGUGAGAGCCAUGAGGGAGGAGAGCGAGGGGGUUUUGCUACACCUACACAUCAUCCCUGAACACUGUCUCUACUAACACCUCCCUCCCCCUUCCUGCUCCGCAAGCUUCCUAAGGGGGGUAACCCCUGAUAUGACCCCCAGCCCCCGUGGCAUCAGGUAGUCCAGCCCCAGCUCCAGGCUCUGUGUGGGCCUCCCAACAUGUCCUGGUAGAGCUCUACGGCAACUCUAGUCGCAAAGCCUGGGAUAAACCCACAGAAGACCAACGGACAUACCCUAGACCACGAGGAUAAUAAAAUACUCCUGAGUCAUUCCUGCUCUGUGGUUCUCAUUUCUCUCUGUGUGCUCUGAGUGGCAGGUUUGAAGGAAAGUGUCUCUCUCUCUUCCCAUCAAGCCCCUGCAGCAUUAAGGAUUCAAACAUAAUCCAAUCCCUGCUCUGACAUACAUUCCUUUUUUCUUUUGCCUAGUCUCUCAUCUCUGCUCUUUUUGAUAUUUUUGGAUUAUUUCGGUUUGAUCCCAUACACGCCAUUUUUGUCACCCGGCACGUUCUCUUCUGCGAUCACCACGUUUUCCUCAGUGUUCACCGCGUGGCAGACGACCAUGGGUUGCCGGCAGAGUUCAGAGGAGAAGGAGGCGGCCCGGCGCUCCCGGCGGAUCGACCGCCACCUGCGCUCGGAAAGCCAGCGGCAGCGGCGUGAGAUCAAGCUCCUUCUGCUGGGCACCAGCAACUCUGGCAAGAGCACCAUCGUCAAGCAGAUGAAGAUCAUCCACAGUGGAGGCUUCAAUCUGGACGCCUGCAAGGAGUACAAGCCCCUCAUCCUCUACAACGCUAUUGACUCGCUCACACGCAUCAUCCGUGCCCUCGCCACGCUCAAGAUCGACUUCCACAACCCUGACCGCGCCUACGACGCCGUGCAGCUCUUCGCCCUGACCGGGCCGGCCGAGAGCAAAGGAGAGAUCACAGCAGAGCUGCAUGGGGUAAUGAAGCGCCUGUGGGAUGACUCAGGGGUGCAGGAGUGCUUCUGCCGCUCCAACGAGUACCACCUGGAGGAUAACACUGCCUACUAUCUGAACGACCUGGACCGCAUCUCCUCCAACGAGUUCAUCCCCACCGUGGAGGACAUCCUGCGCUCCCGCGACAUGACCACGGGCAUCGUGGAGAACAAGUUCACCUUCAAGGAGCUCACCUUCAAGAUGGUAGACGUGGGGGGGCAGCGCUCGGAGAGGAAGAAGUGGAUCCACUGCUUCGAGGGCGUGACCGCCAUCAUUUUCUGUGUGGAGCUAAGCGGCUAUGACCUCAAGCUCUAUGAAGACAACCAGACGAGUCGUAUGGCAGAGAGCCUGCGUCUGUUUGACUCCAUCUGCAACAACAACUGGUUCACCAACACCUCACUCAUCCUCUUCCUCAACAAGAAGGACCUGUUGGCCGAGAAGAUCAAGCGCAUUCCUUUGACCGUGUGCUUCGCCGACUACAGAGGUCAGAACACCUACGAGGAAGCAGCGGUCUACGUACAGCGCCAGUUUGAGGACCUCAACCGCAACAAGGAGACCAAGGAGAUCUACUCGCACUUCACCUGUGCCACAGACACCAGCAACAUCCAGUUUGUGUUCGAUGCAGUCACAGAUGUGAUCAUCCAGAACAAUCUCAAGUACAUUGGGCUGUGCUAGGACUGGGGAUAGGGUGGGGGGAGAGCGGGCUGCUUGGCAGCAGUAGGCCCCCUCGCUACCAGGCACGGUACACACAAGGUCUGCCUGUCUGUCCGUCUCUUUGAGGAAGUGGAAGAAAGAAAAAACCUGCAAGGGGGUUGGGGAUUGUCAGGGACAGGCAAUAGGUUCAACCGACCUGCUUGAAAUGUUAGAGUUGAGGGUCAAAGGUCAAGAUGGGAUUCACCCAAGGUCAGCAUAAAUGUGUUUGCACUGAAUAUAUAAGUAUGUAGAGACACACAAACACAUAUGUACACACACAUCCUUAUUUUUGCUCACACACAAGGACUUGGGAUCAACUGUCAAGCAUUUGUUUGACAUGGAAACACUGGAAACUGAAGACCGUGUCCCCAACCCUCUACCUGCCAAACUUGGGAUUGAGCAGUCCGAGUUCUUUCCUGUCAGUUUCAAAGUUACAUUUGUCUUUUUAGGUUGUUUGAUUUACCCGAGUCAUUGAAUGCUGCUUUGCGAGAAGAAUUUUGAAAAUCAAUAAUUACCUUUGGAUUUUUCCCCCUUAAAAGGUGGGUUCACCUGGCAAGGUAUAGGGAGAUGAUGAGUCACAGAUGUCCUGGGAAUAUCGUACGAGGACAUGACUUACUGUAUAUCACAGGGUUUCCGUCCAUACGAGAAAACUUCCACAGUCUGAAGCUGAAGUAAAGGGUAUUUAUCUACA